CAAUGGCGGGGCGGGGUCUGGGGCGCGUGCGCGGGUGCUUGUGGCGUCAGUGCGCCAGCCGUGUCCAUGGAGAGAGGUUGAGGGUUCUGAGGUCCGGCCUCAGGGAGCCGGGCGCCCGGACGGCGAAGAUGUCGGCUUCCUUAGUCCGGGCCACCGUCCGGGCUGUGAGCAAGAGAAAACUGCAGCCCACCCGCGCCGCCCUUACGCUGACACCUUCUGCAGUAAACAAGAUAAAACAGCUUCUUCAAGAUAAACCUGAGCAUAUGGAAUUGAGCUCCGGACCUCUAACUUGCCAGGUAGGUUUGAAAGUUGGUGUCCGAACCAGGGGCUGUAAUGGCCUUUCCUACACUCUAGAAUACACAAAAACAAAAGGAGAUUCUGAUGAAGAAGUUGUUCAAGACGGAGUCAGAGUGUUCAUCGAAAAGAAAGCACAGCUGACACUUUUAGGCACAGAAAUGGACUAUGUUGAAGACAAAUUAUCCAGUGAGUUUGUCUUCAAUAACCCGAAUAUCAAAGGAACUUGUGGCUGUGGAGAAAGCUUUAAUAUUUGAAACCUCAGGACUCUUGUGGCCGUGAAGACCAGGCAAGCUUCCGGGAGCCUCGGAGCGUACUGAAGAAACCAUGGGACUGUCAGUGCUUAAGGCUUGUAAUGUGUGGCCUCCAGAUGGGGAAAAUAAAGUGAUGCAUUUUGAAAAUGAA